AUGUACUUCUUCCUGUCUCGCCUGUCCCUCGUGUACUUCUGCUUCACCGCAAGCUUUGUCCUCCAGCUUCUGUGGAACCUCAAGGAGCCCUCCAAGACCAUCACCGUGGUCGGUAGUGUGGUCCAGCUUUAUGUCUCCCUGGCCCUGGUGUCGACGGAGUGCAUCCUUCUGGCCAUCAUGGCCUUGAACUGUUACCCUGCCGUUUGCCUACCCCUUCACUACUCCACCGUCAUGCACUCACGACUGUGCCGGACCCUGGGAGAUCCAGGUUUUGGGGACACUUUGGUCCUGAUUCUCCUGCCGUUGAGCCUGAUCACGGUGUCCUAUGGGUCCAUUGUCCCGGCCAUGCUGAGGAUCAAGUCUCCCCAGGUCUGGAGGAAGACCCUGAGCACCUGCGGGUCUCAUCUCCUGGUGAUCACUCUCUUCUAUGGGUCCAUCAUGGUGGUCCACAUCUGGCCCAGCAGCUCCUUCUCUGUGACUUUGUACAAGUUUCUGACCCUUUUCAACACAGCGGUCACCCCCACCCUCAACCCGCUCAUCUACACCUUGAGGAACAAGGACGUGAAGGGGGCAGUGAGAAGGAUUAUGGAAAGCGACCAGAGUUCAGAAGCUGGCUAA